AUCAUUUCCUUUAGUAAAAAUGACUUUAUGUCUACAAAUCAAAAAAUAUUUGUACUUUUAUUACUGAAUUUGUCUAUUCCGUUUGCUAAAACAAAUGAACUAAGAGAAGCCAAUAUUAAGAUUUAUUGCAAUGAAUACGUGCCCUUCGGAAGACAAACUCAUAUCGUUAUAACCAUGGAAAUUCUCCCUGUUAAGUCCACUAUUACAGUAUGGAUCAGUACUCCCGACUACCUGUUGGCCUAUUUUGAAGUUGGAAAUGUUGCAAAAGAAAUGCCGCCAAAAUUUGAAAAAACCUCUUCAAUCAGUAAUGAGCUUACAUAUUUCGGAAUUGAUACGGAAAUACAACCUGAUUAUGAAGAGGGGUACUACGCCAAUUUAACCGCUACUUUUUGGAGGGCUAGUAAUACAGAACUUACGCUUCUUGGCCGAAUAAAACCAUUUAGGAUAUAUGAAGUAAUACAAAUCGUAACUAUUGAAGUACGUCUUCCCCAGCAUUGUUCUCCGCAAUUGACAAUGCUAGCGUGCUCAGAUCCCCAAUCCCCAAAACAAGUUCUGGUCACUCGGAGCUUUCUUAUAAAUGCACAAUUCCUGGAAGAUUGUGACCUAAAUGUCAUUGGUAUUUAUAAUUGGAGUCUGAGGGACGCUGUUGGGUUAACACAGUUUGCAUCAUAUUCUACAUAUAGCCCUUACCUUAAUAUUCGGCCGUUUACAUUGCGGUUUUUCACGCCGUAUGAAUUGUGGCGAAAUUUGUAUGUUCUACGAGUCGAGGGAAAGUUGAAUGGAUUGCAUUUCGAAGCUCGAUGUUAUCUCAAAAUUGUUAUGGGUCAGGUGAAAGCCGUAAUUCUUGGCGGUAGAACUAAGCGGGCUCCACAAAGUGACAAACUUUGGAUGAACGGCUCCAUGAGUUACGAUUUCUCUAAAAGAAGUGGGGAUAUUCAGUUUUCGAACUAUAAUUGGAACUGCUAUUCAUUUGACGACAAUCGUAAUCGCUUUUGCCAUCGAAACAUAUCGUCGGUUGCGGUGUUUUCUAUUCCUGCCAAUUCCCUAAAGCUUAACUGCAGAUACAUCUUUCGUUUGCAAGUGAUUAGAGAUGACAAUCCAAAUGUUUCAUCGCAAACAAUGCAAGUUAUUACUAUAACAAAAUAUAAAGUGCUACAGGUAACGAUAAUAUGCGUAAGGAAUUGUCAAAGGAAUUACUUUAUACCGAAUGCAAAGGUUAAUCUUCAUUCAAGAUGCUUAAAUUGUGGCAGUCAAAAUAUAAAAUCUAAAUGGUUUAUUGAUGGUCAGCUAGUGGUUACUGGCCAUGAGUUAGUAAUGUAUAUACGGACAUCAUCGAAUGUGACCCGGGUAAACCUUGUUGUUUCAUCGGAAGAUGGGCGAUACGGCCGUAUGGGUAAAAUCCUGACUAAAAACCCUAGGCCAUCUGGCGGAACUUGUUCGAUUUAUCCAAAGGAAGGCCACGAGGCAGUGACUGCAUUUUUCCCUUGUUGUCAAAACUUUGUGUCGUUGAACCAACCCAUCGAGUAUUGGUAUUAUGUAGGCCCAGUUCUUCUUGGUACUUGUCUCGACUGCAACUGCGAGGUUUACUUACCUGUCACUAACAUCAUAAAAGUGCUUGUAUGCGACGCAUUAUAUGCUUGCCACACCAGUUGGAUAAAGGUAAAGAUCAACGCUCUAAAAAAUAUUCCUCAUAAUAUUCCUAACCUCUUGGAAAAAGGACUCCUGCAUCGGUAUUUGCAAACCGUACAAUCUAUAAUGCAGCAUUUGCAUAACACGGAUUCUGGAAUAGUUCUUUUAAGGAAUUUCACAGCCAUUCAUCCUCAAUCGCGAAGUUCUCUCGCAAGAUUGGCAAACCUAACCUUAACAUUAGCACACCGUUUAUAUCCCUCAGAUCAAAAAAAGGAUACCUUACUAAGCAUGGUGGUUAACAAAAUGAAUGAUAAUUUUGAGGAAAUAUACCUUGACGAUGACGUGCACUUUCUCACGGAACAACCAUUCAUCAACAUUAGGCUAGCUUGCUUAGAAGUAUAUGAAGUAAUGCAAGCAUUAUGCAAAAGAAGUUCUCGGCCACCAUGGCCAAUUUACAAUCAGUUCUAUAGGGCAUACGUGACUGGCAAGCUAAAAGAGCCUUUAUAUAAAAAAUUGAUUGCUAGGACACAAACGUUGGGAAACAAAAAAGACAUUUUUCCAUGGACUUUCUGGCUAAAAUCAACUUGGGAAACAGAGCGUCUUCAUCGCCAUUUAAAUUAUCUUCGCCAUAAUAUUUACCGGACAGAUCUUGGUGAAAAAAGAGAUAUGGCGCAAAGCGCAGUUGCAGUGGAUAUUCAAUGUUUUAAAACUUUCCCAAAGAAAUCCAUUCGAGUAUCCACAAGCGAUCAUUUUCAGUGGGUUCUUGUUCCGCCAGGUGUUUUUGUGGAUGUAAUGGGAACGAAUAAGGGAAGAGUCUGCCUCAAAGUCGUAUCUAUUAAACAGAACUUGCAUUGGUGGUACCCACUUGAGAAGAAACCUAGUUCUCUUGUACUUUCUGUGCGCAUUUAUAAAAAUGAAGAUAAGUUUACUGUCCCGAUCACCCUUAAUACUAGUCGGAUUCACUUUAGAACUAUAAAUACUUAUCACAACGAAUCUUUGGUAAAGCUCCGGAAUAAGCCGAAAAGUAAGAAGUCUUCGAGAACGGAUCAUGCGCACAAAGCUGGGAUAUACGUAGAUUGCAUGAGAGAGGGAAGCCUUCGGUCCAUUCGGACUGUAGGUAUCUACCGCAUAGUGCUGAUGGAGCACUCAGUGUUGGCUGUUCAUUUUACUAAGGCCACGCACAGGCUUCAGGUUGUGGUGAAGCUAAAAAGAAAGCCAUUGUUCCGCGAAAUUUCCUCGUCCAAGUGCAUUGUGCCCGCGCGUACUAAAAGUAAGAUCAUUCUUUUGCGGAAUAACUGCCAUGAAUCCCUACGGGGAUACCUUGCGCUGCGAGUUGCCUCGAAUAUAACGAUAAGAAAUAGCCCCAAUACGCCGGUAAAAAAUGGACCAGCUACUUUUGCGUUCGCAUUUCAAAUUCGGAGCUGUGAGACUUGGUUAUAUAGCUCUGAUCCAGAAAAGCAACACUGGGUACACUACGGAUGCUUCCCUACGAUGUCCCUCAGUGUGGAGAAGGGUGUUCGUUGCAAAUGCAAUAUCCUGGGGACAUAUACCAACUAUUUGUACUAUAUUCCUAGUAUUGAAGUUCCAGAUUCUGUUUAUACAGAAGCACAAUUGAAUAUUUUCAUUGUUGUAUUUUAUGCCCUUCUCUUUUCACUUAUACUGCUCUGGAUAUUAUGGUUAUAUCUUUAUAGAAAUCGGCUUCCCAGCAAGACAAUUUUCAUACCGGAAUUCGAAAUGAAUGACAAAACUACUGAGGAGCUUCAUGAUCUGGUCAUAUCCUUGAGAACAGGUGGCCGCCUAAAUUCGGGAACCACAGCGUCCUUGGAAAUGGUUCUUUAUGACCCGUUAGACCAGGAGAGAAAAGUCACAGUUGUACAGGAUCCUGAGCAUAUAUUUCUCAAGCCGAAUACCACAUUGUAUCUUUGGAUACGUACUCGAGAUAUCCGUAUACCCACAAAGGUUUUGAUUUCCCAUAACAGCGCUGGACGUUUCCCAAGUUGGUUUCUGCGUCGCAUCGAGGUGAACGACAUUCAGACCCACGAAACGCAGGUCUUUAUCGCCCGGCAAUUUAUAGAAAAGAAAAAGUUACUGUUAUCAUCAUCCCUGAUUUACAAGCAAGGAGAUGUGCGUUUUUUUGACACUUGGAAAGGUAGAUUCUACAUGCACUUUGAGAUGCUCUGGAUCAACUGGUCGCUGUGGCAGCCAGUUACCGGAAAUUGGAGGGAAUCCACCCUGUAUCCAUUUAUGACUCGAGGCAAACGAUUCUGCGUGUUUGUCAGUAAGCAAAUGGUUAACCUGGCAGUCUGCGCCUCGUAUUUUGGCUUGACAACAACCGAAAGCUUACAAUUAUUCCGCAGCAAGUUUCUGAGUUUCAAAGACUUGAUAGUAUUGAGUAUUAUUUGCAGCUUCUUGGAUAUUUUCUUGUCAUUUUUGUUUGCUGCCGUGAACAUGAAAUGCUGUUAAAGCGGCUUUAUUAAUAAAAAUCAUUGAAAUAUUAAUAAAAUAAUAA